UUUGUGCAAAGCAACGAGUUAUAAGAUGGCCCUUGGAAGCAUUGGAAGAAGAAGCAUUCGCAAUGAAAUGGUUAACGCAGCAGGAGACAAUCCCAGUUUCCGUGGUCGCAAAGUUGUCAAGCCAGCAUACGAGGAAAGUCUUCUGAACGUGGAAAUGGCGGAGAGACAGACUGCAGUUGGUGGUGGUGGUGGUGCGGGUUCACACGAGACACGCUACUUUGGAGGUCUCAUUGGGAACAAGGAGAUUUUUGUGAUGACCAUGAUUUCGGUCGCCUUGUAUUUGAUCGAGGGAGAGCAUGCACAGGUUGUGUGCACGGCGUUGACUUCUGUGCCUCCAGCAAUCUUCUCGUAUAAAGUGUUGAUGAAUCCGAAGAGUUCGAAAGAAGGAUAUCACUCCAUCCUAUUCUACUGGACACUUUACGGUAUCCUUGCUGUGAUUGAUCAAUUCAUCGGAUCCCCGCAAGGAUACAAUCUCAUCAAGGGUGGACUUCUCGGAGCAGUCUUCAUCCAUGCGUUCCGCUCGAAUCCGGAUGCAAUUCCACCUUCAUGGAAGCUAUUUGUCAAUCAGGCGACUGUCGAAAUGCUCACUUCAGUGUAUACUCGUUACGAUUCUCAAGGAUUCUACCAGCAAACUGAAUCGUCUGGAUUUGAGCCAAGAUCGCCCACAAUCACCCAUUUCUCGGAUGUUGAGUCUGAAUAUAUGGUUGAUAUGGAGCAAGAGCCGCUGGAUGUGAGCACUGCCGUCAGCUUCCUCCCUUCAUUGGCAAUGCAAACCACUCAAAAUGUGUCUCCAGACUAUGUCUACAACACUGCAGCACCAAAGACUGAACCACUUGAGGAAGAAUCUGUUGAACCAUGCUCCACAAUUCGAAUCAACCAUCAGAAGAAAAACUUUGAAACAAUGUCAGCAAUGACUGUGACUUGUGGUGGAGCCGCGGAUCUUGUUACAGUUCCAUCGGAUAGAAUCACGUUUAGUGCAGAGCUCCGCGAGUUGACAAUUCAAGUGACGAAUAUCUCCCAGCUUCAUGUCAUGUUUGCUCUGAAGACCAACGCGGACACUCAUCUCAUUGCUGCUCCAACCACCGGAAUUAUUUUGAGCGGACAAAGCAUGGGUAUUCGUGUCGGUGUCACUGACAACUUCUUCAAAACUUGUGCCGAUCCUGGAAAAUCUAUUGAUAAACUCGCCAUUGACUACGCCUCGAUCCCUCAACAAUUGUCAUCUUCAGUUUCCAAGUUUUCUCCACAAUUCUUCCAAUCGCAAAACCGUCGUCGCCAUGCAAUUCGUGUCUUCUAUCAAUAAGCAUCCACAAAGAUCUCUUAUUUUUUUCACUUUUCCGCGUUCACGAAUUCCUUCCCAAUGUUUUGUUCUCUUUUGUGGCAUCAAUAAACUGGAGAUUUCUUUU